GUGUGCUUUACUCUGAUUGUUUAGAGUCUCGGCACGAUACAAACCGCACCCUAAAACAAACUAUAAGGAAAGUACAGAGGCCGCGUCCGUGGCAUUGAAAUCCACAGUGCCGACGAGAGUACAUUAGUAAUGUCAGCUCCUGCUUCUCCUGGUUUUCCAGCUUUGGAGCUCUCUCCCUUCAUGAAAAGCAGACGACUUGCACAUUGUAUGCUCAGUAUACAAAAGGAACAAAAAGAGAGGAGAAGAAUAGAGAGAACGAGCAGGAGACAAAGGAAGAGAUAGGAUAUAGAGAAGAAAAUAAAGAAAUAGAGAUUACAACUAUGAUAAAGGAUGAAAGAGAAGAGAAAAAGAAGAUACGGGGUCUAAAGUCCGCAAGGGGUACGAUGAGUCCUGCAAAAAAGACCCAACCUUGACACUCGAAGAGUCGAAGGAGUCUACUCUUUGGUUCAAAUUCCUGUGUUGAAGCCGUGAUCAGCCGAGUUGAGGAUCAAGGGUAGGCGUUGAGAGGCUGGAUGUUCCUGGGGGCUUUUUCCUUUAUAAUUUUCAAUCACAGUUUCAGGCUCAAAUUUACUGCGAGAAGGAACUUUGCAAAGUGUAUAUCAAUCAGAAACUUGGGGUUACCCUGUUCUUUAGAGAGAGAACAGAUGAUUUCUGAGGAAACAUUUUGUGAGAAUUCGUCGUUUUUCAGAAGACAAGAAGUAAAACCCAUCAAGGAAAGUGUGGAUUUUGCAGAGAGGAUAUCUUCGAUUAUUCGGAAACGUGGGUGGAAUUCAGUUUGUUCUGAUGAGUGGAGGCGUGAUAUGAGCUCUUGGAAUGUUUCUCGUCUUCUAGAUGAUGUGUUUGAAGAGAGUUGGGAUGCUCGAUUAACUCUCUACAUGUUUAGAUGGUUAGAGAAACAAAAUAACCGGCCUCAUGAGAUUCAAUCCGUAUGUACAUUGACAAACAUUCUGGUCACUGCAAAAUUUAACCAUAUAGCAACUGAAUUUUUAAUUUCUCUUGUCGGGUCAAGUGGGGGAGGACCCUAUGAAAUUUUUGAUGCUCUCUAUGCUACUCGAAGGGAUAGAGAAACUUCUACAACUGUGUUUAGCAUGGCAGUUCAUUGUUAUUUGCAGGAAAACAUGGUAGAUGAAGCUCUCAAAUUUACUUUCCAAAUGAAGCUUCUAGGUUUCUAUCCCACAACUCGAGUGUACAAUAAUCUUAUCAGUAAGCUCUUGAAUUUGAAACAGUUUGAAUUAGCUUGGGAAGUGUUUAUGGACCUGCAAAGCCUGGGGAUUGAACCGAACACCAUUUUUUUUAGUCUAUUUAUCUAUGAAUUUUGUCGCAGAGGUGAUCUGGUAAGUGCACAGAACUUACUUUUGGCCAUGGAGAUUAAUGGGUGUAAACCUGAUGUUGUAGCCUAUACAAUGAUUAUUAAAGCUCUAUGCAAAAGCGGUAGCAUAAAAGAAGCUCAUUCUCUCUUAUAUAAAAUGAGUUUUAGGGGAGUUUCUCCUGAUUUCCGUUCAUUUUCUGCAGUUAUAGAUGGAUAUUGCAAUGUGGGUAGGUUGUGGGAAGCCAUGAAUCUCUUAAAAAGUUCUGGUUACGCCCCUGACAUAUUUGUAUAUAACAGUUUUGUCUCUAGGCUAUGCAAAGAUGGUGAUCUGGUAGAGGCUAUAGAAUUCUUUAGAGAAAUGUGUGAUUUUGGUUUGGUUCCUGAUUGUUUUAGUUACACUUCCAUUAUUAGAGGUUAUUGUAGAAUAAGAAAUCUAGGCCAAGCUCUUAGAUAUUUUUGUGAAAUGCUAAAGAAAGGAUUGAAACCAUCUAUUGUUACUUAUACUGUUCUGAUUGAUUACAAUUGCAAGGCUGGGGAGAUUAAAGAGGCAGAAUACAUAUUUUUAAGGAUGCGAGAGGAUGGUUUUCUCCCAGAUGUUAUCACAUAUAAUACAUUGAUUGAUGGGCACAGCAAAAAGGGGGAUUUACAUAAGGCGUUUGAACUGCUUGACUCCAUGCAUUCUUCAAAUAUAGAACCGGAUGCUACAACCUAUAACAUACUGAUAAAUGGGCUUAUCAAAAGGGGUUAUAAGAAAGAAUCAAGAGAAUUAUUGGAUGAGCUAGUGAGAAGGGGUUUCUUUCCCGACGAGUUCACAUACACUACUAUCAUAGAUGGGUCUGCUAAAGAGGGAAAUUUCAAUGAAGCCUUUCUUAUAUGGUGUCAUAUGAGUGAAAAGGGGUUCAAGCCAGAUGUUGUUACUUGUAGUGCCCUCCUUAAUGGGCUUUGCAAAGCAGGCCAUAUGGUGGAAGCAAGUGCUUUAUUUGGUAAAAUGAUCGAUGCUGGUUUGACUCCCGAUAGGAUAAUAUAUAAUACACUUAUACAUGGAUUUUGUAAGGACGGAAACAUAAAUGAAGCUUGUAGCUUGUUAAAUUUGAUGGCAGAGAAGUUUGUAAUGCCAAAUGGUGUUACAUUUAGAGUGUUCGCCUAUGGUUUAAAGAAAAUCGGAGUUGAGGAUGCUUUAGAAAAAGCAAGUAUGAGGAUUCGGUAUAUAUAUGGGAAAAAUGGAAUAUACCUGACAAAUUCAAAUAUACCCGUUGUCCUAAAUGAAAAGAUUAAAACUUGAUUGAGGUGCCUCAAACUGCCUUCCAGUGAAACUUCACCUAGGUGGAAUGUGCCUCGUGAGUUAAUGGAAAACCCGACGAAGUUAAAACUCGACUCCUCUUAUAUGGAAGGCUCUGUGAAAUGCAAUCUAUGGUUACCUGUGGUUCUGUAUAUACUGUGAUGUGCAUGUGCAACAUUUCAGGGCAUUGUGGCAACUUGACAAAUGGAUUGGAAGGGCACAAAACUGAUAAUGCUGUGCAUAUGGAAGAAACAAACACUGAAGGCGUGUUUGGAUGAUGUAAGUAUUGGCCAUCUGUGCUUAGGUUGAGGAAUUGGUUAUUGACAAAUUAUAGGUAUCCAGAGGAUUGUGAUUCAAAGUGCUUACCAUAUAGAUAACCAAUUUUAACUUUUUAUGGCAUUCCACUAACUCAUGAAGCGCAUUCCUCCCCGAUAACCUACCGGGGUUGUGCAUAUACGAUCCACCCAGAUCAUAGAUCCUUGUUAUCCAUGAGCUCUUUCCAAAGCCAGGGCUUCUUAGGCAACCUUGAAGCCCUAAAUUACUGGGAUGGUUGUUCUAGGUAACUCAAUCAAGUUUUAACCUUGUCAGACCAUGAGUAUAUUGGAGUUCAAGUAUAUUCAUUUUUCCAAUAUAAAUGUUGAAUCCUAUAUGUUGAAAAAAUAAAUAUACUUUACAAGUUCCAAAAUACUCAUGGCUUCAAAUAGUUGAAUCCUCAUAGUUGCUUUCCCUAACCCAUUUCAACCUCAAAACUCACUAAGUCAUGAGUGAAACUCAAAAAGUAAUAUCAUUUUGGCAUUAUAAGCUUCUUUGCAAUCAUAUCUAACAUGUUACAAGCUUCAUCCAUGUAUAUGGUAUGUUACUCUAUUUGAGUGAAACGAGCAUUAAUCAGUUUACCAAAUAAAUCACUUGCUUCCCCAUAUGGCAUGCUUUGCAAAAUCCACUUAGGAGCUUGAACCCAUUUUUACUCAUGUGAUACCUUAUGGAAAGUCUUCAUUGACGUGUCCUUCUCUAGAAAGUGCAUCUAUUAUAUCAGUGUACGUGAACUUGUCAAGAGAGAAGCCCUUCUCUUUAGCUCAUCCAACUAUUCUCUUGAUCGUUUCUUAUGACCCCUUCUACUAAGCCCAUUUAUCAGUAUGUUAUAGGUUGUAGCAUCUGGGUCUAUGGUUGCGGAGUGCAUGGAGUCUAGCAGUCCAAAAGCCGCAUGCAAAUCCCCCCAACUAUUCUCUUGAUUCUUUUCUGUGACUCCUGCUAAGCCCAUUUAUCAGUGUGUUACAGGUUGUAGCAUCCAGGUCUAUAUUUGCAGAGUGCAUGGAGUAUAGCAGUUCAAAAGCCUUAUGCAAAUUGCCCCUUUCACCAUGCCCAUGAAUUAAUACAUUAUUUGGUGGAUUACUGUCUCUCUCAUACUUAAAAAUAUAACCUCUGAGAUCUCUCCUACCUUGCAGUAACCAUCAAUUUUUUUUGGGUUAGUAACCAUCAAUUGGGAGAGUGUAAGUUACAAUAGAUGUUUUCAGUCCUUUCUCACAUUUCACAUAAAGUAUAAAGAGCUUGCCCUCUAUUUCAUAAUCGGAAAAAGGUUUUUAUAAGGUGUCAACCUGAUUGUAUUGAAGUAAGGUGUUGAAAGAGAGUGUUGUGACUUCGGAAAAUUCUCAUUGAUUCUCUUGACCUCAACCUUAUAAGAGUGUUUUUGUUGCAUCAGCAUUAUUGAGGAUUUCUCCUUGGUUAGUUGGUUUCGUUUAGUGGGCUUCCAUUUCUCUGAUUAUUUAAUUUGUAAUAUAUUUGUUUGGUUUUUUCAUCUAUAUAUUAAUAUUUUAACUAUAGAUUAUGUAGCAUAGGGUUCAAAGUGUCUUCUUAGCUAAUUUGCUAUUGACCAUUUCGAAUUGAUGAUAUAUUAGAAAACAAGCCACCUUUUCUGUUGUCGAAAUUUUUUUUUUUUUAUUACUAAUGAAUUCAUGAAUUACUUUUGUUUGUAAAGUUGUUCUAACUUCUGUAUUUGCAGGUUCCAUUUUGUCCAAUGGUGGGAUCAGAAGUGUACUCAUCUGAAGUUAAGAAGAAAGAUGUGCUCAGGAAAAAUUUUCGUAGAGCAAUUGACUUGUGUAACAGGGAAAACAAAGAUGUCUAUGAAG